AUGAGGGCGGACAGGAGGGUUGAUAUACCAGUUUAUGACAUUUCACUGCUCAGAAACAUUUGGGAAGGCAGAGUGAAAAAAUACAAACACAAGCAGAAGAAGGAACGCGAACGAGUACAGCAAAGCGCUCUGGCAAAGUAUGUUUAUUAAUCAAAACUGAGGUUUGAGAACCAUAUCCUAGAUAUAUUCUCAUAUUAUUCUCAUAAGGAAAAUUCAACCCAAAAACUAUCUUUAGGUAUUUGUAUCAUUAUUCCAUUGUUAAUAUAGUCCCAAUUUUCUUUUGCAUGUCAGCAAUCAAGUUAACAUAUAUAACUUUCAAAAUAGAGAAAUACAGCUGGUAUGAUGCAUUGUGCAUCAUAUGAUGCAAAUCGCAGCAUUAUAUGAUUCAAAAUGCAUCAUACCGGCUGUAUUGCUGUAAGUUAUAUAUCUUGAAAAUGUGAUUUCUGACAUGCAAAACAUAUUGGGACUAUACCAACAAUGUACUAAUGAAACAAAUACCGAAAUAUAGGGUGGAGUUUUCCUUUAAGUCACCUAGAUUACCAGUCUGUUUGUGCCAUCAUGCAACUCCUUGUUUUGAGCGGCAAAAUAUUUGGUAUGACAAGAAGACUGGACAACGAGUGGCAUGAUGGCACAAACAGACUGGUACCCAGGUAAACUAGAUUCACCUGAGCUAUGUGAUAAUGACUACAUCCAACACCAGUGUCUUCCUCAUUGCUCUCAUCCAGACAAUGUAUUUUCAACAAUUGAUGUUGCUGUGAUGAUCUGUGCGAACCAUGCCUUUUGUAAAUAAGCUACUACACAACUGUCAAUGUUUCUAGAAAAACCUUUAAAUGUUUUUCCCAAGGAUCGAUCAGCAAUGGCAGUAUCGCAUAGCAUGCAAGAAAUUGAAGUCCAACGAAGUGGAAGUGCUCCAACACUACCUGGAGAGAACCGCUCUGAAUGAAAUUCAGCCCCACCAGGAUGUACCAAACACAGGCAAGCUCAGCCAGAUCCUUUACUGUUAG